UACAUUCAUUCAUUCUUUCAUCUAAUCAGUGCAAUUUGUCUCUCCCUAGAAUUUACUUUGCUCUCUAUACAAACUUGUUUCUUUUCCAAAUUUCUCAUGAAUUCUCAGUGUAAAUUUCGCAAAUUAACAUGGUAUCAAAGAAGACGAUCUUGAUGGAUCCUGUGUUCUAAUUUUCAUUGAUCCUGUCAUCACUUUUUUCCUUCUUUUGAAGUUGUAAAUUUGGGAUUUGUUGUUAUUUGAUCAAUUCUAGGGUUUGUGUGCAAUUCUUCGUUGUUUGAUCAACAAUUAAGGUUCCGGCGAGUUCGUUUUAGAAUCUAGGGUUCUGAUGAGCAAUUUGCACAGUUAAUUUCAAGGCCGCCUCCUUUCGGUUGCGAAGAUGAUGGUAACAGUAGUUUUCCCUUUUUUUCUUUGGUAUAUCCCUCUAGUGUGAGUAUAUCUAGGUUGGUGCAACAAUUCUUUUUUGAUUCUUGUCCAUUGCAAAUAUUUUGAGUGUUUUUUGUCGCAAAUAUGACGGUCAAUAGUGAAUUUACUAAUGCUAUUCCAAAAUCAUCUUCAAUUGGGACUCUACCUGUAUCUUCCAGUAUGACUAAUCGCAUUGCUUUUGAUGAUUAUACGCAUCCUUGUCAUACUCUGUAUGCGCAUCCAUCCGAUGUUUUGGGGGCAUCCAUUCCAUUUGAUGGAACUUGUUAUGGAAGUUGGCGAAGAACCAUUCUGACUGCUUUGUCCGUUCGUAAGAAGCUGGAUUUCAUUGAUGGCACCACAACUAAACCUCCUGAAACUUCUCCACUUGCUAGACAAUGGCAAAGGUGUAAUGAUCUUGUGGUUUCCUGGUUGACUAAUUCCCUUACCAAAGAUAUAGCUAAAAGUGUGGAGUAUUCAGCUCAUGCUAGGGAAAUUUGGGUUGAAUUGGAAGAGAGGUAUGGCAAGGCUGACGGGGCUGGGAUGCGAUUGCCUCUAUAUUUGCUAAUCACCUCACAGUUUGUACUUGUAGUGGUAAUAAGAAGGAGGUGGAUGAGCAUAAGGUAUAUCAGUUCCUCAUGGGACUUAACGGCACAUAUAUUCAAGUUAGAAGUAACAUUUUUAUGAUGAAGCCUCUUCCUUCCAUUAGUAUUGUAUAUGGUAUUCUUCUGGCUGAUGAAAAGCAAAGGCAUCUAUCAUCCACUUCUCAUUUGUCUACCAAUUCAUCCUCUUUCCAUGCUAGGACAUCCAAGCAACAAUAUUAUCCUCCCAAAGUUAACUUUGACCCUCAUAAAUCAUCUCUCUACUAUAAAUGUUGUAAAAGAUCAUUGCAUGUCAUGGAAAAAUGUCAUAGACUACAUGAUUAUCCAUCCAACUUCAAGUUCACCAAAAAUGUUCCACAUACAAAAACUGUUGCUCAUGUUGAGCUUGAAAAUCUUAGUUCUCAUGAUAUAUCAAUUUUGGAUACUGGUCUAAAUUACAACAUAGGUGCUAACAACAAUAUUUCUGAGUCUCAACCACAUAUGAUUCCUUAUCAUUCAAACUUCUCUCUUCAAGCUCCAAUUCCUGAUCUGAGCAUGGAACAAUCUUGUCAACUAAUCUUUUUGUUGCAAAGGAGUCAAAUGACUGAUUCUCCUUCAAACCAACCUGCUUCACACCUCAUGGCUUCAGCCAAUUUUGCUGGGCCCUUCACUGAAGAAGCCAGUGGCUCUUGGUAACUCUGAGAGUGGCCUUUACAAGCUAUUCCAUUCUGCUGCUAUUCCAAGUUUGUCUAAUAUUUCAUCUAGUUCUUUGUCAUGUAAUUCAUCUGUUCCAUUUGCUUCCUCACCAAAUGUUCGUUCACAUUCUUCUGCCGAUGAUUCUGUUGAUGUUUCCACUGUCAAUAUUGAUCCAUCUGUGUGUCAAAUAAAUAAAAAUGAUAUUUUGUGGCAUUAUAGACUCGGGCAUGUUCCUUUCUCUAAAAUGAGAACUAUUUCUCCUAUUGGUUCCAAAUUAUCUUCUAAACAAUCCUUUACUUGUCUAAUUUGUCCUUUAGCAAAACAAACCAGGAUGCCAUUCCCUGAUAAUUCUAUUCAGACCAUUACCUAAUUUCAACUUAUUCAUAUUGACACUUGGGGACCCUAUCAUGAUCCUACUUAUAAUGGAGCCAAAUACUUCCUCACCAUAGUUGAUGACUACACUAGGGCUACCUGGACUCACUUAUUAGGGGCCAAAGUCAAUGCUUUUGACAUUUUGAAAGCUUUUCUUGCCUUGAUAGAAACUCAGUUCAAUACUAAAGUCCAAAUUGUGAGGAGUGACAAUUCCCUGGAGCUUGGCUCUAGUUCUUCUGGGUCCAAGUUUUUUUUUUUUUUUUUUCUAAUAAAGGGAUUGUGCACUAAACCUCAUGUCCUUAUACUCCACAACAAAAUUAGGUGGUAGAAAGGAAACAUAGACAUUUACUUGCAACUGCUAAAGCUUUGUUAUUUCAAUCUAGCCUUCCUAUCAAAUUUUGGGGUGAUUGUCUCUUAACUACCACUUAUCUUAUCAAUAGGUUUCCCUUUCUUUUGUUGUAUAACAAGAGCCCUUAUAAGAUCUUAUAUGGGAAUUCUCCUGCAUAUGUUCAUUUAAGGGCAUUUGGCUGCCUUUGUUACUACACUGUUCCUUCUUCUCAUAGAGAUAAGUUUCUUCCUAGAGCAUUACAAUGUAUGUCUAUAGGCUAUCCUUUUGCCAAGAAAAGAUAAAAGUUACAUAAUCUAGCUUCUCAGUCCUGUUUUGUUUCUAGGAAUGUGGUAUUUCAUGAAACUAUAUUUCCUUUCUUUCAUUCUUCCAAGUCCGCCGCUUCUAUAUCUCCCUUUCCCUUUUCCAGUUUCUAUGAUGAUUCUCAAACUGUUCCCUUUUCUGUGUUUGAUUCUCCCUCCACUUCCUCUUUUACUGUCUCAUCUGUUUCUGAUAUUUCCAUAACUUCCCUUACUCCUCAAACUCACUCAUCUUCCCCUACACCUUAACCACUAGCCCUUGCACCUCAAACUCACUCAUCUUCCCCUACACCUCAACCACUAACAUCAACUGAUAAUACCCAGUCUUGCCCACCUCAACCACCUGUUCCCACUAGGCAAUCUUCCGGGCCUCACAAACCACCUUACUAUCUUCAAGACUACAUCUGUCAAUCCUCUAUUCCAAGCUCCAGCUCUACCUUAUGUUCUUCUAUGUUAGCUAAACAAGCUCUUUUUGAACCUUACACUUAUUCUCAAGUAGCACCUAUUCCUGAAUAGUAAGAUGCUAUGAGGCAGGAAUUUGAUGCUCUAGAGGCUAACAAUACCUGGUCCAUUGUUGAAUUACUCCCUGAGAAGAAACCUAUUGGGUGCAAGUGGGUUUACAAGAUCAAAUAUAGAGUUGAUGGCAGUUUAGAGAAGUACAAAGCAAGAUUAGUGGUUAGGGGGAACACUCAAGUUGAAGGAAUUGACUUUCAUGAGACCUUUUCACCUGUUGUCAAGAUGUCCACAAUAAAACCUUUGAUAGCAGUUGCUGUUAAAAAGCAUUGGUAACUGUUUCAACUAGAUGUGAACAACCCUUUUUCUCCAUGGUGAUUUAGAUGAAGAAGUGUUCAUGGAGCUUCCACCUGGACUUUCUGUUCAUGUUUCCUCUGUCCCUUUGGUUUGUAAACUUCAGAAAUCCCUGUAUGGUUUAAGGCAAGCUUCUAGGCAGUGGUAUGCAAAGUUGUCUCAAGCUUUACAUUCUAGAGGAUCGCAACACUCUUUAAAUGACUAUUCUCUUUACUAGAGGUUCUGGGGAUUCUCUAGUCAUAUUAGUUGUGUAUGUAGAUGAUAUUGUCUUGACUGGGACUGAUUUGGAAGAAAUUAAUGCUCUCAAGUCUUUUUUCAUGAGCAGUUUAGGAUAAAGGAUUUGGGAUUACUUAGGUAUUUUCUUGGAAUUGAAGUUUUGUGUUCUCCUAAUGGGGUUUUGCUUCACCAAAGUAAGUUUGUCGGUGAUUUACUCAAAAAGUUUCAGCCUGAGGUUUGUUCUCCUGUAAUUUUCCCACUUGAGUUGAAUGAAAAGUUGAAAUCUGGUGUUGGGGAUCCUUUGCCCAAGCCUGAUGUGUAUAGAAGUUUGGUUGGUAAGUUGAACUUCUUAACUCAUAAAAGACCAGAUCUCUCAUUUGUUGUCUAGGAUCUCAGCCACUUCAUGCAACAUCCUUUUGUCCCUCAUAUGAGAGCUGCAAUUCAUCUGCUCAGAUAUUUAAGGGGCACUUCUGGUCUUGGUUUGUUCUUUAAUAAUUCUGCUGAUCUUUCCCUUAAAGUCUACUGUGGUAGUGAUUGGGCAUCUUGCCCUGACAGUAAGAGGUCCAUUACCUGCUUCUGUGUGUUGUUUGGUGGUAGUUUUGAUCAGUUGGAAGGCUAAGAAACAUCUUGUGAUCUCCUGGUCUUCUGCUUAAUCAGAAUACAGAUCUUUGAGCAAAGCUAUAGGUGAAAUUACUUGGUUGUCUAGAUUGUUAACUGAUUUUGGUUUUCCUCCAUUCAUUUUGCAAAGAAUCCAGUCUUUCAUGACCGUACAAAGUACAUUGAACUUGAUUGUUAUUUUGUUCGCACAAAGCUUCAAGCUGGGUUGAUAAGUCUUCAUCACACCUCCAGUGCUAUUCAAUUAGCUGACAUUUUCACCAAGAUUUUCCACGGCACUGUUCAUCAUUCACUUCUGUGAAUAGCUGACAUUUUCACCAAGAUUUUCCACGGCACUGUUCAUCGUUCACUUCUUGCCGAGUUGGAUGUUUUAAGGGGGGGGGGGGGGGGGGGGGGGGUUGGAUUUACUACUAAUUGUGGAAUUGGUUAAUUGUAGUUUACAAUUUAGUAGUUGCAGUUCAUUCCUGUUUUGUAAUUAUAUAAAGUAGAUCCGGCCCACACUUGUAAAACACUUACACACGUUCAUUCUUUCAUCUAAUCAAUACAAUUUUUCUCCGUCUAGAAUU